AUGGUGUACAUUAAGAAUUGGACCGAAUUCGAGACGGCUGCGACCGGUCUAUACGCAAAAUCACCAAAUACAGUCCGGUAUUGCGUCAAGUUUAGGCCAAAGACGGGCAUGCUCGUUCUCAAGCUCACCGACAAUGUGACAUGUAUCAUGUACAAAACCUUCUCCUCCAUCAUCCUGAACCGAUUCGAAACUCUCAACCUCCGCCUCUUAUCACAAAUAGCCAACCUCCCUCGCCCGUCAAUAUCUGCAGUCGCUUCGACAUCAUUAUUAGCUCCACCGGCAGAAAAUGCUGGGAGAGCAGGGACACCGAUGAUGGACGAGGCGGAGGGAAGGGAGAGGGCCGGAACACCGGCAGUGGAGGCGGCUGCAGCAGGAAAGGGCGCGGGAGGUGCUGGAGCAGGCGGAGCGACUGGUAGCGGGACAGGAUCGGGAGGUGGUGCAGGAGGGAAGAAGAAGAAGAAGGGUAAGAGAUAG